AUGCCGACCGCCGCCCUACACCUGGUGGUCCGGGGCACUCGGUGUGACACGUCGUGGGACGAGGCGAGCAUGGAGACCAAGCGGGCCUCUUUAGCAGGCUUGGUGCCCUUCUCCAUGGGCUACGCUGUUGCCAAGCACUUUGGCCUGUUGGGGAUGUGGAGCUGCGCCGGGGGGCGCUUGGCGGACUCGAGCAGCUUCCGGGUGGCCGGCUGCUACGGCUCCUGGGACGAAUGGGGUGAACUGAUGGGUCGAGUCGAUGAGGAACCCAUCCUGAGCUGCUUCCGGAGAACCCUCGAAGGGGAUGUGCCAACUGCCGGAGAGGGUGCCAACGACCUGCAGAGAAGGUCCUCCACGACCAGGGUGGCCAGUUGGGACCUCUCGACGGCGACGCCGUUCUCAUGCGACGCGGAUGGAGCGGGGUGGUUAACGCCCUUGCUGGUGGCCAAUCAUGUGAGUUACCUUGAUGCCUUGAUCCUGCCGUUGGUCCUGAAGCUGCCCAAGUUCCUUUCGAUGUCCUCGGUGAAGAGCUGGCCGUUGUUCGGCUCCUUGGGCGAAGACCUCGAAUACAUUUGGGUGAACUCGUGGAAGGUGGGCGAGCGGCCCUUAGUGAUCUUCCCGGAGGGCACCACCUCGAAUGGCCAAUCACUCUAUCCCUUCAAGCAAGGCCCAGCGGCACGAGGGGAUGGUCGAGCGAACUUUUGGACGGCAUCGUGCCGUCGACGUCUCCGUUUCAUCGUCUUUCAUGCAGAGCACCAGGGUGAGCGUGUGGAGUACACCGACGGGGAAUGGGCCAUGAACUUCUGGGCGAACCUCUUUCACAGCUGCACCGUUUUGGUGUGCGAGCAGCUCGGCGGUGCCUUACCACCCAUCGAUGGAAGAGAAGGCAUGGCGUUUGACCAGCGGCAUGACGGACCCCAGGCAGAUCCGGAGCUUUAUGCCUCGAACGUGAGGGCCUUCAUGCUGGAGAAGCAGAAAGAACUGGAGUUCCAGUCCUGCAGUGGCGCGGCCGGCCCCAUCGUCGACCCAUCGGCGCCCAUCCCCAUCCCAGUCGACCCGUCGACCCACCGCGGCCGGCAGAUUGGUGUGUCGCAGCUCUUCGUCUACCCAGAUGAACCGAGCGUCGGCGUUUACAACUCCAACGCCACUGGAAUCGACUGGCUGCCACACCCAGUGGGACGCGCCUUAGACCGUCGCCUCGCGUGGCGUGAGACGCACUGCAGCGACGAGUGGACGUGGAGUCGAGCACUGGAAGAAGAAUCAUCCUUUUCCAGAGGGUUUCGACAGAAGGUCCGGCCGCGGCGGCGGACGGCUUUGAUGGAUGAGGCGAAGGAGCAGGAGCAGAUCGAUCAUCGCUGUGAUCCAGUGGCAGAUCCCAUUGACCAUGGCUUCUCCAGCAUCGCCUGCUUGGUGGCGACCUCAGAGCGACCAGUGGUCGCCUGGGCACUUGAAGCUGCCGCGGAAGAUGGGCCGCGACCCACCACCACCUUGAGAAACCUCCUCCCCUACAGCAUCCCACGUCGGAACCGCUGCGCACCGAACAGUCCCGGCACCCCGUUUUGCGCCGCUUUCAGCCGGCCACGUCGGUUCCUCCCCACCGGGCGACCAACGCCAAAAGCGGCGACGUCGCGUCCGAGUGCCAUGGGCGCCGCCUCUUCGAGCGAAGCAUGCGCGGAGGAUCCGCUGCGCACGGAGCCGGUGCCGGGCGUGACGGCGUGGUGCUCGCGCAGUGACGAGGCCACACCCAGUUCGAGCGGAACGAGUGGAAGGUUUGAGGAACGGGCUUUCUUCCCAAAGACGUGUCCUUCUCUUCAGCUCUCCGAGCAGCCCACCACCUGCAGCGCUGGCGGAACGUCCGUGCGCGGAACGGCCUCGCUGGACACCCGCUGCGCGGAACGGCCCUUCGAGCGGAGCGGUGAGCUGAAGGAGAAGGGCUUGCUGAUCGAUGUGGAGGAGGUGGUCUUAGAGAAGGAGAUUUGCUCCACCUUCACGAGCAAGAUCUAUGUAGCUCGCUGGCACGAGCGAUUGGUGGCUGCCAAAGAAGUGAAGCGCUCGCUGUUCGCGUCCGGAGCUCGUCCGGACCUCCCUAUAGCCGUUCGCGGAGCUCUCAGGCUCGACAGCACGUCGGAGAAGGCAGAACGACAGAUGGAGGGUUUGAUGCACGAGGUUCAGAUCCUCAGCAAGAUCAAUCAUCCCUCACUCUUGCAGCUGGUGGGUGCUAGUCUUGACAUCUCCUCACCGAUGAUGCUGACCGAGCUCAUGCUCAAGCAGGACGUUGAGACCUAUAUGCUCCAGCAAAGCCUUCGCUGCCUCAAUGGUUUUUGGCGCCCAAGCUUUUGCUUGGCGCUUCACUGGGCUGCCAGCACGGCUCAGGGGUUGGCCUACCUCCACGAGCGGGACUUGCCAAUCGUGCACCGGGACUUGAAGCCUUUGAACAUGUUUCUGACGAAGGACCUCGAGGUGAAGCUGGGCGAUUUUGGCCUCGCGAUGGAGAUGCCUCGCGGCACGAAGCUCCCUGGUAAGAUGGGUCUUCAGGGCACCUGGCGCUACAUGGCUCCCGAGGUGGCACGCAAGGAGGAUUUCGAUGAAAAAGUUGACAUCUAUGCUUUUAGCUUGAUUCUCUACUACAUCUUCUCAGGACGGCAGCCCUUCCAUACCUUCCAGGAUCCGCGCAAGGUCGUGCGCGCGUACCGCGCAGGCCAGCAGACGCGCCCGUUUUUGGCCCCCGAGCUCGUGCGCACGAAAGAGCUCCGACAGUUGUUGCUCGAUGCCUGGCACGCCGCGCCCAGCGCGCGGCCCACGGCCCUGGAGUGCGUGGAGCGACUCAGCCGCUUGCAAGCGCCCUCGUUGAGGAAGAAAUUGAAGGAGAUGGCCGGGCUUUUGAUCAGGAAAUGAUCGUCUCAAAGACUUCCACCGGAGUAUUCCUUUGGUUUGAAGGAUGCUCGCAGGUAGUGGCCUUUCCCUCUUUCCGCCAUCCAGUGAAACUGGAUGGGGUAGAGUUUAUGAUUAAUUCGGGUGUUCGCGGGGGAUCUCCAAAUUUUCUAAAAUUGAAUUCUAGGAUUCUCCUAGAGGACACCCGCCUUGUAAUUCCUAUGCCAUGCCCUGCUCAAAAGUAC